GAGCUCCCACCGCCCGGAGCGGCCGGAGCCGCCGCCGCUGCCUCCCCCCGGCCCCGCCGAGCACCAGGCAGCCACCUGGGCCCUGAGCCACAGCUGUGGGCACCAUGAGGGGUCUCUGGGCCCUGGCACUUGCAGGACUCGUCAGUGCCUGUGAGGGGAAGGAGCUGCCGUCAGCAGAAGGGGGGCUGUGCCCACAGCUCUGGGAUGAGGAUCUGGUUGGGGACAAGUAUGAGAACGUAACAGGUUUUAACCUGAUUAAAAGGUUUGACCUGCUGAAGAUCUCCUCCAUCAAGCAAAGCCACAGCCCCCGGGGGCUGCCGGUGCUGCGGCUGGGCGCGGUGCCGCUGGUGCAGCCCACGCGGCAGGUGUUUCCCCACGGGCUCCCCUCCACCUUCACCCUCAUCCUCACCGUGCUGCUGAAGAAGAACAGCACCGGGGAGCACUGGUACCUGUUCCAGGUCACCGACCGCCAGGGCUACCCCCAGCUCUCCCUGGCCGUGCACGGCCCCGAGAGGAGCCUGGAGUUCCGGGCGCGGGCGGCCGGCGCCGUGUUCGUGGGCAGAGCCGUGGCCUCGCUGUUCGACGGCCGCUGGCACAAGCUGGCUGUGGCGGUGCAGAGCCGCGGCGUGGCCCUGCACCUCGACUGCUCGUCCAUCUCCUCCAAGCCGCUGCCGCCGCGGCGGGCGCUGAGCCCCGAGGGCAAUGCCCUGCUGGGGCUGGAUGCUGUGCGCGGCACCCCGGUGCGGUUUGACAUCCAGCAAGCUCACAUCUACUGUGACCCCGAGCUGGCCAGGCACGAGGGCUGCUGCGAGAUCUCGGCUGCUGGGUGCCCCAGCGAAGCGCCCAAGACCCGUCGGCAAGCGGAGCCGGCGCAGAGCAGCAACCUGAUCGAGAUGUCCCCGCAGCCCGAGGGCCGGGUGUACACCCGCUGCUUCUGCCUGGAGGAGCCGCUGGGCUCGCAGUCAGUGAGGACCCCAGGGAGGACUGGCCUGAAGGGGGAUUACAAGGAGAAGUGCCCACCCUGCUCACCACAGAUGGCCUCAGCAAACGUCACAGUCGGUCCCUCGGGUCCAAAGGGGGCGAAGGGUGAGCGUGGGCUGCCCGGCCCCGCUGGCAGCAGGGGCGAGAAGGGCGAGCGGGGUGCUGACUGUGUGCGCAGCCACCCCGGCGGCCCCGUGCAGUGCGCUGAGGGGCCUCAGGGUGAGAAGGGAGAGCGUGGCGAGGCGGGGGUCCCGGGGGCAACCGGCGCCGACGGGCAGAAGGGCCAGAAGGGCGAGAAGGGCGACGGGGGACUGCAGGGCAAGCCAGGGCGGCCGGGACGUGACGGCCGGCCCGGCGAGAUUUGUGUGGUGGGUCCCAAGGGCCAGAAGGGUGACCCUGGGCUCGUGGGACCCGAGGGGCUGGCUGGGGAGCCGGGACCCCCGGGGAAGCCGGGCUCUCCGGGCAUUGGCAUUCCAGGGAGGCCGGGUGACCCUGGGGGUCCCCCAGGCCCAAAGGGAGAAAAGGGCAGCUGGGGAGCUCCUGGGCCGGGAGGAUCGCCGGGGAUGCCCGGACCCCCUGGCACCCUGGGGCCAAAAGGAGACAAGGGUGAGCCGUGUGAGGUGUGUCCCACCGGCCCUGAGGGGCUGCUGGGUGCCACGGGGCCGCCGGGCAAACCUGGGCCCAGGGGAGCGCCCGGAGCACCCGGCAGGGACGGCGUCUCGGACAGACCUGGCCCCGUGGGACCCAAAGGGGACAGGGGAGAUCCUGGCAUGCAGGGGGUGAAAGGAGAGAAGGGGGACUCGUGCCUGUCCUGCGAUGCCCGUGUCCUGGCUGCGCUGCUGCGGGCACCCAGCGAGGGGCUGGAGGGGCUGCUGCAGGGUGACGUGGGGCUGCCUGGCAUCAAGGGCCAGAAGGGGGAUCUGGGCCAGGAGGGACCCCCAGGCAGAGCGGGGCUCCAGGGAGACAAAGGUGACCCAGGUGUGCAGGGGCUCAAAGGAGAGAAGGGUGAGCCGUGUGGGCAGUGCCCUCCUGCACCACAGGCCCUGGAAGGGGCAGCCACGGUGCUGGCUGUGCCGGGACCAGCGGGGCAGAGGGGCCAGGACGGCGCCCCGGGCAGAGCGGGCAGACCUGGGGACGUGGGGCAGAAGGGACAGAAGGGCGAUGCUGGCAGCCCUGGGGACCCUGGCACCCCGGGCAUGGCUGGUGUCCCGGGGCUGUCGGGUGAGCCUGGCAUCAGGGGUCCCGCCGGCCCCAAAGGCGAGAAGGGAGACGCCUGCCAGCCCGGCCCCACUCCGCACGGCGCCCUCUCAGACGUGGUUGGCAUCCCGGGCAAACCCGGGGCCAAAGGGGACCAGGGACCCCCGGGCAUGGGGCAGCCAGGCAGACCCGGGAAGCCGGGACUGCCCGGGGCACAGGGUCCUGCCGGGCUGAAGGGGCUGCAGGGUGAGCCAGGACCACCAGGCAUUGGGCAGCCAGGGCCAGAGGGAGAGCCUGGGACCCCUGGACCCCCUGGGACACCCGGCCCCCCUGGACCACAGGGCCCCCCAGGGAUGGCAGCAGAGAAAGGUGCCAAGGGGGCUCCAGGGCCCAAAGGUGCCGUGGGACCCCCUGGGCCACCGGGAACCGGCGUCGUGGGGCCUCAGGGCCCCGAAGGGCAGCGGGGGCUCCCUGGCUCCAGCGGGCAGCCGGGUGAGAAAGGUGCCCGGGGAGAGAAGGGAGACCCCGGGGACUGCUCCUGCCCCCCCAGCCCACGCCAGGACCCCAGCUACUCUGGGAUGCCAGGAGCGCCGGGACUGUGGACAGGGAUGUCCUGGCAGCCGGGUCCUCAGGGUCCCCCCGGAGCCCCCGGCCCCCCCGGCCCUCCCGGUGCCCCGGGUCGCCAGGGGAUGCCAGGGCACAACGGUUUGCCAGGACUGCCUGGGCCAGCUGGAGACCUGGGCCCCCUGGCUGCCAUGGCCGAGAGGAACAUCGAGGUGCUGAAGAGCCUGUGUGGGGACUGUGCCCAGCUGCAGGCAGCCUUCACAGCACCCAGCAGCAUCGAGGGGGAUGGGGGCAUGCCAGGCGCCCCUGGCACUGAGAGCUGUGCCCAGUGCUUUGCCCAGUUCCCACGAGCAGAGGAGGCUCGGGGUGACAGCCCUGACCCCGACUGUGGGGGUGACCCCGGGUUACCGGGUGCCCCGGGCAUCCCUGGCGAGAGAGGCGAGCAGGGCUCCCCAGGACUGCGGGGACCCCCGGGACCACCCGGGCCCAUCGGCCCCCCAGGCUUUCCUGGCACGCCUGGCGCACCCGGACUGCCCGGUCUCCAGGGGGAACGUGGCCCCACAGGGCUUGCUGGAGCCAAAGGGGAGCCGGGACCUCCAGGGCAGCCUGGCUACCCCGGUGCAACAGGCCCCCCUGGCCUUCCUGGCAUCAAAGGCGAGCGAGGCUACGUGGGUCCCCCCGGGGAGAAAGGGGAACUGGGACCCCCCGGCAUGGACGGGCUCCCCGGUCCCACGGGGCCAGCGGGCCCCAGGGGUGAGCGUGGGCUCCCAGGCAGUGCUGGUGAGAAGGGCGACCAGGGUUUCCAGGGCCAGCCUGGCUUCCCAGGGCCACCAGGGCCUCCUGGCUUCCCAGGGAAGGUUGGUCCAGCUGGACCCCCAGGACCUGCAGCUGAGAAGGGCAGCGAGGGCAUGCGUGGCCCCACAGGGAUGCCAGGACCCCCUGGACCCCCAGGACCCCCAGGCAUCCAGGGCCCCGCUGGCUUGGAAGGACUGGAUGGCAAGGACGGCAAGCCAGGGCUGCGGGGUGACCCCGGGCCCCCUGGGCCUCCAGGGAUGAUGGGUCCCCCGGGCUUCAAAGGGAAGACGGGUCUCCCAGGUCUCCCAGGACCGAAGGGUGACUGCGGCAAACCCGGCCCCCCGGGCAGCACGGGCCGGCCCGGAGCGGAGGGUGACCCCGGCCCCAUGGGACCCCAAGGCCGACAGGGACCCCCAGGGCUCAUCGGUCCCCCCGGCAGCCCAGGGCAGCCAGGUCCCGCUGGCCUCACUGGAGUGGGGCUGAAGGGCGAGAGGGGCUCUGUGGGGGAGCGAGGGCUGCCAGGGAUGCCAGGCCAGCCGGGAUCCCCAGGCCACCCGGGACCACCGGGGGAGCAGGGAGCAGACGGACCCGUUGGUAAAGAGGGCCCCCCAGGAAAACCCGGCCUCGCGGGCCCGGCGGGACAGAAGGGCGAAGCGGGAUCCCCCGGCGACAGAGGCUACCCCGGGGAGAAGGGCCGGGCCGGUGUGCCCGGGGGGCCGGGGAAGAGCGGCGCCAUGGGCCUCGUGGGGCCGCGGGGCCCUGCGGGAGAGAGGGGCCCCCCCGGCUCGCCGGGCCCUGCGGGCAGCCCUGGGCUGCCGGGCCCCCCGGGCACCAUGGGAGACGCGGUGAAUUACGACGAGAUCAAGCGGUUCGUGCGGCAGGAGCUCAGCAAGAUGUUCGAGGAGCGCAUGGCCUACUACACCUCCCGCCUGCACUUCCCCGUGGAGAUGGUGGCAGCCCCGGGCAGACCCGGGCCGCCGGGGAAGGACGGGCUGCCGGGCCGGCCGGGCCCGCCGGGCUCACCGGGGCUGCCGGGGCAGAUCGGCAGAGAGGGGCGGCAGGGAGUGCCGGGCAUGAGGGGUGAGCCGGGUGCCAAGGGCGAGAAAGGCGAGAAAGGUGUCGGGGUGAUGGGGGACAGCGGCCCCCCGGGACCCCCAGGUCCCCAAGGGCCACCAGGCUAUGGGAAGAUGGGUCCCCCGGGCCCGGUGGGUCAGCAGGGCAUCCCUGGCAUCCCCGGGCCCCCCGGAGCCACGGGGCAGCCGGGCAAGACGGGGCACUGCAGCCCAGCAGACUGCAUGGGCGCCAUGGCCAUGGAGCAGCCCCUCUUCCAGCCCAAAAAUGUCAAGGGCCCGUUCGGCUGAGGCUCCCGGCGCCCCCCGUGCCCCCCACCUUUGCUGUUAAUAUUGUUUCCCUGCUGUGCCGGGGCUG